AUGGGGGCAUGCCGUUCAUCUGAAGAGGAAGACAACAUUGACCAGGAGAGUCAUUCCCGGCAGCAAUCCAACUUCUACAACAUCUUGGCGUUCGGCGACCAGGCUCACGACCGGUUCGCCUUCUUUACUGCGGCCCAUAACGCCAUUCGGCGGCGACAAACAGAGGCAUGCAGGCAGCCGCAACAGCCCCAGCAGCCACCGGAGCACUUGCCGCGUUUCCUGGAGCUUGAGGACAUCUCCACUCUUGCGUGUGGGACCGUGCACCCAGCCCAAGCCUCUCGACCUACGUGCAGUAACGCUGCGGUCACAACUGUUCCUGUUCGGCGAGAUCAAGAAGUAUCGCGGCGUUUGCAGGGAACGUCGCCUCUCUUGCAGGCUUCUGACGUGCUGGCGAGUCGGUUUGAAGUUGUUGUUGACUUUGACAGCGCGCAACUGCAGCAACAGGUGAACGACUCUCGUCCCGACCAAGGUUCUGUGCGUGUGCCUUCCGCACUACCAACACAGGCACAGUCGACGACGGCUGCGUCUGUUGCGACAGCCUCGGCCAUGGCCACAGCCGCGGCCGUCACAGCCGCCAGAGCCGCCGCCACGGCAGCAGCCGCUCGAGGUGCGGCUCCAGCGGCGGAUUUGUCUUCCCCAGUGGAGGCGGUUUUGGCUGCGUCGGCGAUGGCGGCGCGCGCGGCGGCCACCGUCGCAGCUUCUGCGGCCGAUGUCUUCGCAGUCACAACGGCAACGAGGGGCGUCGAGGCUGGCGUGGAGGCAGAUCUCAUUCCUCUGCCCCCUGAGGCAGAGGAGCAGAAUCGCCACCGGACGCGGUCAGAGCUGCUGACGCGACGGACUCACCUUGCCGAGCACUUUGCCGAGUGGCGGCGAGUCGUGACUGAGGGGAGAGAAGCGACGAAAACAGCGAGCGAGGCGGGCGGCGACAUGGAGACGGACUCUGUGAACUGUUUUCAGACCCGGGCGGCACAGGUGCACCAAGUCGCACAGCCGCGGCGGAGUAGCGAAGAAGACGCAAGGCGUACCACUGCCAUGGGCCACUUUACUCUUAGAACCACUACGGAAGAGCUAGAUGCUUUCGGAUACAUGGAGGAAAAACUCCUAAGGAAGAGGAACUCGCGCCGAGGCUCCUCAAGGAAAUGA